AUGAAUUGGUUCAAAUGGUUCGCCAUACACGCCCUAUUGGCAGGCAUAUGCGCUGAUGGAAUAAGAACAGCAACAAAACUGGGAUGGAGAUUGCCGCUAUGUACCGUGGUAUCACCUCAAAAGAGCCGGACAGAGGAAAAUGUAGUACAAAAUAGCACCUUCCUAAUGCUACCAGAGAAACCCAGUCGAAUAGAUCAAAUUACAAAUCGUAAACUGCAAAUUGGUGAUCAUUCAUGUAGUUACAUCGAGAGCGGGAAUUUUGACUACGAUGCUGUUAAUGAGGGGGCCAAGACAAACCAGGGUAAUAUAAUCCAUGCUAUUCGUAAUGACUAUAAAAUUGGACAUAGCGAGUUAACAAGAGAAACUGUGUUCGACAAAAGAAAGAAUCAUAGCGAUCUUGUUGAAUUGGCAAAAAAGGUACUUCAGUCAGAUGGCGUAAUUGUACCUGUUGAAUACGAACUGCUUAUCUCCAAAGGCAAACAAGCUUAUCCGUUACAACUACUAGACGUAGUCUCAUUUAUACUUCGGGAAAUUGGUGACACCAGGUUCAAUGUCCAUUUCAUUGUAUAUAAUAAAGAUGAAGUACGGUAUAAUGAUGAAUUCUACCGUAGACAGGAGAAGGAGAUCGAAGAGGUGUUGAUUAAAAUGUUCAAAAAGGAUACAGAUUUUAUAGAUGUAAGUGUUACUUUUACAUCAAAAUCUGUACCUUACGAAUAUAUACCAGACGCCUCUAAAUGGAUUGCCAACCGAAUAGCACUGCGACUAGAUUGCCCAAAGGAACUGCAACAGGAAUCUAUAAAGAAGACUCAUGCUGUUAAGAAAUUAACAACACUACAACAUUAUAUGAAAACAUCUGCCAACGAUGUUGGAAGUAAUCUCAAGGGACUGGACUUUGCAAGGGAUCCAGUACAGGUAAACCAGCUGAUCAAUAUCGCGAAUGCGGUAGAAACGAAGCUAAACAAAUGGAUGCAGGACAAUGCUAUCGCUCUAACAGAUAUUACCAAAGAUUUUAAAUCGCAUGUUGACUUGAUGAUAGACACCAUUCUACAUGAGUUUGAUUCGCAUGUCGCUGUCAUAUCUAAAGGAAACAACGUUUAUAGCAAGAAAAUACGGCAAAAUAUGGUUGAAUCUAUUCAGGGGAAGUUGAUGAUCAUGAUGGAUAGUGUAGUUUUGAAAUUACAAGAUAAGACGAUCCAAGAAUUUCAAAAUGAACUUCAGACACUACCCGUUGACGAUGAUCUAGAUUUAAAUCUACAAGCUGCUAUUGAUAAAUAUGACAGACAGUACUGUGCGCUAGUUGAUAAGUGCACAUUUAACAACCUAAAGGGCAACCAUCUGUAUGAGUUGAAGGCACAAAUGCAUCGAAGGGACAUGAUCGAGAAUAUGAAGGAUGUGGCAAACCAUGUUUUGGAAUAUGCUAUUAUUAAAGGUCUGUUUCGUGCAAAGUUCUCUAUAGUGGAUGGUAUACCAUAUAUACCGUCCAACUGCGUGACUCGGUUCAUCACCAAAUGGAUAUCUAGGCUAAAGAUUCCGUUGCAUAUAACACUAAGUUAUCUCAGUCCUACAGCGUUUGGGUUUUCCAACUUAUUCAGGGGCCGGAUUCCACUAAAGCCUGGGUUACUACGGUACUUCACAGGUGAUAAAGAGCACAAGACCUUCUCUGACAACGAGGAGACCCGUAUGCAAGCCAAAUCUAUGGUUUAUGACGGGGAUUAA